AUGCCCGCCUACCGCACUCGCGACGCCUCUGCGCGCACCCUCCACGUCGCCACCGACGCCCCGCCGCCGACGGUCUCCAUCAUCUCGCCCACCCCGCGCGCGUUCACCUUCCCUAUCACCGACACUCGCUUCCCCACCUCGCCCUCCGCCUCGCCCUUCGAGCCCGCCCUCAAGUCCGUUCCUUGCACCCCGCCGCCCCCGCGCCCGUUCUCGCCCACGUCCUCGAUCGGCUCCGACUCCUCCCUCUCCGUCCUCUCCUCCCCCACCGCCCCGCCCUCCUCCCAGGCGUCGUCCCACCGCAGGCGCAGAUCGACCGUCUCCGACGCCGGCGAGCGCAGGCCCAAGAAGGGCGACGACGACUACAUCAAGCGCCCCGAGAACGCCUUCAUCCUCUUCCGCCGCCGCAAGUGCGAGGAGCGCCAGGAGGCCGCCGCCGCGCAGGACGAGGACGGGCCGGUGAAGAAGCAGCGCCAGGCGGACCUGAGCAAGGACAUCAGCCAGCAGUGGAAGAGCCUGCCCGCGGACGAGCGCGCGUACUGGGAGCAGCUCGCGAAGGAGAAGAAGAAGGAGCACGAAGCGCUGUACCCCAACUACGUCUACCGCCCCCAGCGGACCAAGGGCCGCAAGGAAAAGCUCAACAAAGGCAAGCUCCGCCCCGCGCCCGAGGGCGCCGCCGACACCGAGUCCGACAGCUUCAGCUUCCUCCUCCCCGUCUCCGGCGCCGGCUCCCCCGCCCGCUCGCUCUCGCGCGGCUUCGCGCUCCCCCACGCGCACGGGCACGGCCGCCGCGCGGCCUCCGCCCCGACCCCGCCGCCGUACCAGGAGAUCCAGCUGCCGUCGGUCUGGAUGCCGUCCUGCCCCGCGUCGCCGACGCAGGUCCCGCGCAUCUCGGGGCGCUCGCCCGCGCCGAUGGCGAACAUCCCGUCCCCGAGCGAGUCCGCGCCGCUAAGAAGCUACGACUACUCACCGCACGACAAUAUGUUCAUGAGCCCGUACCAGGCGCCACCCGCGUUCGACCUCCAGGUGAGCCCCCCCGGGGAGGACCCGUACGCGAACAUGUUCCACAUCUCGACCGACCACGGCGUCGUCGGCGGCCCGCUCCUCCACGCGCUCAGCAUCCCCGCCGCGCGCGACGCGCCGCCGAUGAUGUCCCCCGCGGACUCGAUCGCCUCCUCCCUCGUCUCGCCCGCGGACACGUACGGCGCGAUGACGCCCGCCUCCGCGCACCCGGGCCCGUUCACGCCCGCGGACGCGCUCCAGAUGAUGUCCCUCGCGCAGCACCAGCAGCAGCAGCAGCAACCGCUCGACGGCAAGGACGCGCCCGUCGACGGCAUGGUCGACCUCCCGUACGGGUUCUGGCCGGGCGAGACGCUGUGGGCGAACAUGGAGGGCCUCAUGCCCGAGGACUUCAACCUCGGCUCGAUCCCGCCCGUCGAGCUCGGGCUCGCCCAGUUCGAGGCGAUGCCCGGCGCGGGCUCCGCCGCGGCGCCCGGGUGCGAGGAGGGCCCCGCGGCGGGGAGCGCGCUCUGCCCGGAGUGGAUGCGGUACGACGAGCGGCAGGACGCUCAGGACUAUGACGACCGCGCGACGCCCGGGGGGCCGGACCCGUUCGGGGCGUACGCGCACGACCCCAUGAACGGGGGCUGGUGA